GUGAAAGCUGUGCUGCUGAAUUAUACAAGAUGAGUAUGAGAAUAGAAGACUCGGUUACUGAGCUAAUCAAUGUGUUUAUAGACAAGGCUCAUAAGGCAGGCUUUGGUGAUUGCUUCAAUCGUUUACUAGAAGAACAAGUUGAAGAGCCAGCUAGUGAAGAAGGAAAUGAGGGAUCUGAAUCAGAUUCUGAGUCUCAAUCAGCUGUAGCAGAGAGUAUUGAGGAAGAGCAACAGCUGCAAGAAGAUUGUAAAGAGCUCACACUCCACUUCAAUCACCGCAAUCUGGAAGCCAUCCUGAAGGCAACAAGAAACUCACUAGAUGCUAUCAAGAAAAGAGUCUUCUUUUCACCGUCCAUUAGUGGUGGCUCAAGAUCAUAUGGUUCUAGCAACAAGUCACACAAGAAAAAUAAUCCCUUUUUUCAAGGCCAAGUUGCCCUUGAAAUACCAAAUGUGGUGAUGCAGCCAAGUCUAGAUGAUAUCCAACAAUCCGUACAUAAAGUCACAAACUAUGUGCUAGAUGUUAGUCGUAAUAUAGCGCAGUGGGGUCAGAAGCGAUUUAAACCGGCUUCUGCUAUAUCAGAAAAGUCUACAGACAAACAACAUCGAAGGGCUGGAGCUAAUCAUCAGUUGCCAGAUGGUGAGCCAAAGCUGAUUGCAGCCAACACAUUAAGGAAUUACUACAAGAGCAUCACAGAACAUAAGGAUAUACUGAAGCUAGUGAUGAUGCUGAGUAAUGCAAUUACACAAACAAGACCACUUGUACAGGAAUCAAUUGAGAUGUUCACCAACUACCAAUUCCUAUGGGAACAAGACAGAAAAGAAUCUGUUGAUAAUUUCCUGAAAACUGAGCCAAUUCUGUCUGAAUGGAAGGCAGAAAUUUUGCACUAUCAAGACCUAGAACAAUGCAUUGAGGAACUUGAUCCUACAUUAAGAGUUGGAUGUAUUGAACUAACAACAGAACCUAUCAAGUUGGCAUUAUUGAUUGAGGCAAAAGCAUGGAAGACCAUGUUUGGUAAGAAUUUGAUCUCUAUAAGAAGCCUACAACUUGCUUCAAAAGUUAAAACAUCAUGAGUGUUAUUUAGUUAGUGGAAACUGGCUCUAUUAUAAAUAUACAUUAAUAUUGAAUCUUUACAGGAAGCCUACAACUUGCUUCAAAAGUUCCAAGUAUCAGUACCACGAGAAGAGAUUGAGCGUGUUGACACAUUACGCUACUCUUUCCAAAAACUUGCUCGACAAGCUGUCAAAGUGCAGUCAGAGCUUGUGAGAAUCCAGCCAACAUUUAAGGCAGACCUUUUACAAUCGGUUGAAGUGUUUGUUAAUAGUGUAGACACAUUUGAGGGUGAUUAUGAAAUUAAUGGACCAAUGGCAGAUGGCAUUGCUCCUCAAGAGGCCAGUGACCGACUACAAGUAUAUCAAAGUCGAUUUGAUGAACUCUGGCGCAAGUAUCAAACCUACUCCGGUGGUGAAGAAUUGUUUGGCCUCCAAACUACUGAAUACCCAUUCCUUGCUAAGACCAAGAAGGAACUUAACCUACUGAACAAGCUGUAUGGAUUAUAUAACUCAGUCAUUGAUGGCAUCAAUGGAUACUAUGAUAUUUUAUGGAGUGAAGUAGAUAUUGAGAAAAUUAAUAGUGAACUGAUGGACUUUCAAAACAGAUGUCGGAAGCUUCCCAAAGGAUUAAAAGAUUGGCAAGCUUUCCUGGAUUUGAAGAAGAAGAUUGAUGACUUCAGUGAAUCCUGCCCUUUGCUUGAACUGAUGGCAAAUAAGGCAAUGAAAGAUCGCCACUGGCAACGCAUCACCAAUGUUACAGGACAUGUAUUUGAGAUUGAUAACGACUCAUUUGCAUUGAGGAAUAUCAUGGAAGCACCACUUCUUGAGAAUAAAGAAGAUAUUGAGGAUAUUUGUAUCUCAGCUGUUAAAGAGAAAGAUAUUGAAGCGAAGCUAGCCCAAGUGGUUGCAGAGUGGAGUUCUCAAACGCUGAGCUUUGCUCCAUUCAAGACUCGUGGUGAGCUGCUCCUAAAAGGUGGUGAAACCUCAGAGAUAGUUGCCCUCAUGGAGGACAGCUUAAUGGUUUUAGGAUCAUUACUAAGUAACAGGUACAAUGCUCCCUUCAAGAAGGACAUCCAGUCUUGGGUUCAGAAAUUAUCAAAUUCUUCUGAUAUCAUUGAAAAUUGGUUAAUAGUGCAGAACCUCUGGGUGUAUCUAGAAGCUGUGUUUGUGGGUGGAGAUAUUGCUAAACAACUACCACAAGAAGCAAAGCGUUUCUCGAACAUUGAUAAAUCAUGGGUGAAGAUAAUGCAGCGAGCCCAUGAGAAUGAUAAUGUGGUUAUAUGCUGUGUAGGAGAUGAGACGCUUGGCCAACUUCUGCCUCAUUUGCUUGAACAGUUAGAGAUCUGUCAAAAAUCACUCACAGGGUAUUUGGAGAAGAAACGUCUAGUGUUUCCUCGGUUUUUCUUUGUUUCUGAUCCUGCUUUAUUGGAGAUUUUGGGACAGGCAUCUGACUCCCAUACAAUUCAAUCUCAUCUACUUGGUAUCUUUGAGAAUGUAAAUGAAGUUGGGUUUCACCCUAAGGAGUAUGAUCGUAUUGUUUCUGUCAUAUCUAGAGAAGGAGAAACCAUUCCGUUGGAGAAGGUUGUAAUGGCUAAAGGUAAUGUAGAAAGCUGGCUAGGGGAACUACUUGCUAAUCAGAUGUCAUCAUUGCACGGUGUCAUUAGAGAUGGGUACCGAGUAGUCAAUGACCCAUCCUUUGACUUGCUUAAUUUUCUCAACAAUUACAUUGCACAAGUUGGUCUGCUGGGGAUUCAAAUGCUAUGGACCCGUGAUGCUGAGGAAGCGUUAACCUUGGCUCGGUCUGACCGUAAGGUUAUGCAAGCUACCAAUAUCAAAUUCCUUGAACUUCUCAAUACACUCAUUGAGCAGACUACCCAUGAAUUGACCAAAGUUGAGAGGAUCAAAUACGAGACGUUGGUUACAAUACAUGUACAUCAGAGAGACAUAUUCAACGAUCUUGUAAAUAUGCACAUACGCAAUCCAUUGGAUUUUGAGUGGUUAAAGCAGGCACGAUUUUAUUUCAAAGAGGACACAGAUCAGUGUAUUGUAUCAAUUACAGAUGUUGACUUCAUCUAUCAAAAUGAAUUCUUAGGGUGUACAGACAGACUGGUUAUUACUCCACUAACAGACAGAUGUUACAUCACAUUAGCUCAGGCCCUUGGUAUGAGCAUGGGAGGUGCCCCAGCGGGACCAGCUGGUACAGGCAAGACAGAAACUACUAAAGACAUGGGUAAAGCCUUGGGCAAAUAUGUAGUUGUCUUUAACUGCUCUGAUCAGAUGGAUUAUAGGGGCUUAGGAAGAAUCUAUAAAGGCCUUGCCCAGUCUGGUAGUUGGGGAUGUUUUGAUGAAUUCAACAGGAUUGAGCUACCUGUGCUUUCUGUGGCUGCUCAGCAGAUUGCUAUUGUACUUGGUGCAAAGAAGGAUCGCAAAACAGAAUUCAUAUUCACUGAUGGUGAUGUUGUGUCACUUAAUCCAGAAUUUGGUAUCUUUUUAACAAUGAACCCUGGAUAUGCUGGUCGUCAAGAAUUACCCGAGAACCUAAAGAUUCAGUUUCGUACUGUUGCCAUGAUGGUUCCUGAUCGUCAAAUCAUUAUGAGAGUCAAGCUGGCCAGUUGUGGUUUCCAAGAGAAUGUUUUGCUAGCCCAGAAAUUUUUCACCCUGUACAAGCUAUGUGAAGAACAACUGACCAAACAGGUUCAUUAUGAUUUUGGGUUACGUAACAUACUGUCUGUGCUGAGAACAUUAGGAGCUCAGAAGCGAGCUAGACCAUCUGAGAGUGAAGCAACUAUUGUGAUGAGAGUGCUUCGAGACAUGAAUCUCUCGAAAUUGGUUGAUGAAGAUGAACCACUAUUCUUGAGUCUCAUCAGUGAUUUAUUUCCUGGAAUCCAAUUGGAUAAUGCUACGUAUGAAGAACUACAAGCAGCUGUUGCAGGCCAAGUAGAUGCUGCAGGCUUAGUCAACCACCCUGCUUGGAAUCUAAAAGUUGUUCAGUUGUUUGAGACCCAACGUGUACGUCAUGGUAUGAUGGCACUAGGCCCAUCAGGGGCCGGCAAGACAUGCUGUAUCAACAUCUUGAUGAAGGCUAUGGGAGAUUGUGGAGCCCUGCACAAGGAGAUGCGUAUGAAUCCAAAGGCUAUUACUGCACCUCAGAUGUUUGGUAGAUUAGAUGUGGCAACCAAUGAUUGGACUGAUGGCAUCUUUUCUACACUAUGGAGAAAGACCUUGAAAGCUAAAAAAUCGGAUCAUAUUUGGAUUGUCUUAGAUGGCCCAGUAGAUGCAAUUUGGAUUGAGAAUUUAAACAGUGUAUUAGAUGAUAACAAAACUCUGACCCUGGCUAAUGGUGAUCGUAUUCCCAUGGCUCCCAAUUGUAAGGUAGUGUUUGAGGUGCACAACAUUGACAAUGCUUCUCCAGCUACGGUCUCCAGGAAUGGAAUGGUUUACAUGAGCUCAUCUGUCUUGGAUUGGAGACCCAUAUCACAGAGCUGGUUGAUAAAACAGAACCCAUCUGAAGCAGCAGUGCUCCAAGAUCUGUUUGACAAGAUCUUUGAUGAUUUGUUUAACUAUGUCUUACUGAACUUGAACCCUAAGAUGGUUCUAUUACAAUGUAACUACAUUAAACAAGCAAUUGAUCUACUGGUUGGGUUACUACCUGUAAAAGAGGAGCAUGAUCACAGCGCCCUGCCAGCUCCCUACCUGGAGAAACUCUUCAUCUUUUCAUUGAUGUGGAGUCUUGGAGCUUUGCUUGAACUUGAUGACCGAGAAAAGAUGCAGAAUUUUAUGCUAGCUCAUGAAAGCAAUCUGAAUUACCCCCAUUUGCCAGAAGACAGUGGCCACACUAUAUUUGAAUAUGUUGUGGAUAGCAAAGGUCAGUUUGAACAUUUAAAAUUUUCAGUACCUUAUUUAAAAAUUAAAUCGCAUACAAGACUCACCAUCAGAGGGAUUAACAUGAAAUAAAACUUUAUUGUAUACUUCUGCAAAUAGGCUGUAUUGUUGAUUGGUGAACAAGGGACAGCAAAGACAGUCAUGAUCAAAGGCUACAUGAGCAAGUAUGAUCCUGACAGACACAUGGGCAAGAGCUUCAACUUCUCAUCAGCAACUACACCUCUUAUGUUUCAGAGAACAAUUGAGAGUUAUGUUGACAAGCGUAUGGGUAGCACUUACGGUCCGCCAGCUGGACGUAAGAUGACCGUCUUUGUAGAUGACAUCAACAUGCCAAUCAUCAAUGAAUGGGGAGAUCAGGUGACCAAUGAGAUCGUCAGACAGAUGAUGGAGAUGGAUGGGUUCUAUAACCUGGAGAAACCUGGUGAUUUUACUCAUAUUGCAGAUAUCCAGUUCAUAGCAGCCAUGAUCCAACCAGGUGGUGGCAGAAAUGAUAUCCCAGAAAGACUUAAACGCUGUUUCUCAGUAUUCAACUGCACUCUGCCCUCAAAUGCAUCUAUUGACAAAAUAUUUGGAAUAAUUGGUUGUGGUUACUUCUGUUCAUCACGCUUCAAUGAUGAAGUUGUUGCAUUAGCCAAAAGUCUUGUUGCUACUACAAGGGUUCUAUGGCAAGCUACCAAGGUGAAAAUGCUUCCGACUCCAGCCAAAUUCCACUACAUAUUCAACUUGCGUGAUUUAUCCCGUAUCUGGGAAGGGAUGCUGCACAUAGAAGGUGAUGAAUGCCAAGACUCCAAAACAUUGCUAGCAUUAUGGAAGCAUGAAUGUUCUAGAGUGAUUGCUGAUCGCUUCACUAACUUUGAAGACAAGAACUGGUUCUUGAAUGCUCUUGCUAGAAUAACAAAGGAACAGCUUGGUGAGGACAUGGGUAAUCAGUUGAUGGAUGAACCUUACUUGGUAGACUUCCUCAGAGAUGCUCCAGAACCAACUGGAGAGGAACCAGAUGAUGCUGAUCUUGAUGCCCCAAAAAUAUACGAACUGGUUCCAGAUUUAGACUUCCUCUCAGAGAAGCUACAAUUAUUUAUGGCUCAGUAUAAUGACACAGUCAGAGGCGGUCACAUGGACCUUGUGUUCUUUAAGGAUGCCAUGACCCAUCUGGUCAAGAUAUCCCGCAUCAUUCGGACACCCCGUGGUAAUGCUCUGCUAGUAGGUGUUGGCGGAUCUGGUAAGCAAAGCUUGACUAGAUUAGCAUCAUUCAUUGCUGGGUACAAGAGCUUCCAAAUUACUCUUACAAGAUCAUACAAUGUGACGAAUCUGAUGGAUGAUCUGAAGUAUAUGUACCGUGUUGCUGGCGGUGAGGGCAAGGGUAUCACAUUCAUCUUUACAGAUAAUGAAGUAAAAGAUGAUGCUUUCUUGGAAUACAUCAACAAUGUUCUCAGCUCUGGAGAGGUGUCUAAUUUGUUUGCACGUGAUGAAUUAGAUGAAAUAACACAAGAACUGAUACCAGUGAUGAAGAAAGAAUUCCCCAGACACCCCCCAACGCAAGAUAACUUGUAUGAUUACUUCAUAUCAAGAGCCAGAAACAAUCUCCAUGUAGUCUUGUGCUUCUCACCGGUAGGAGAGAAGUUCCGCAACCGGUCCCUCAAAUUUCCUGGCCUUAUAUCUGGAUGCACAAUGGAUUGGUUUACUCGUUGGCCUAAAGAUGCUCUUAUUGCUGUGGCGCAACACUUCUUAUCUAGCUUCAAUAUCGUUUGCACUCCAGAGACCAAACAAUCAGUAGUUAACACCAUGGGUGUUUUUCAUGAUGGUGUUGCAGAAGUCUGUAUAGAGUAUUUCCAGAGAUAUCGGCGCCAGACUCAUGUGACACCCAAGUCUUACUUAUCUUUCCUGGAAGGGUACAAGACAAUCUAUCAAGAGAAGUAUGCCUUGAUCUCAGAAUUGGCUGACCGUAUGAACACAGGUUUGAACAAGCUAAUAGAAGCUAGUGAAUCUGUAGCUGAGCUUUCACUAGAACUUGUGGACAAAGAGAAAGAGCUGGCUGUAGCAUCAGUUAAAGCUGAACAGGUACUAGCUGAGGUGACCGUGUCUGCUCAAGCAGCAGAGAAGGUGAAGAAUGCAGUACAGAAAGUGAAAGAUAAAGCGCAACACAUUGUUGAUGAGAUUGAAGCAGAUAAGUCUGUAGCAGAAACUAAGUUAGAAGCAGCAAGACCAGCCCUUGAAGAAGCUGAAGCUGCCCUAAACACAAUUAAACCAUCUCACAUCUCCACUGUCCGUAAACUUGGCAAGCCUCCUCACCUUAUCAUGCGUAUCAUGGACUGUGUGUUACUGUUGUUCCAGAAGAAACUAGAUGUUUGUAGCCUGGAUCCUGAUAGACCUUGUCCUAAACCUUCAUGGGGAGAAUCUCUUAAACUUAUGAGUGGUUCUGGAUUCUUGUCAUCUUUACAAACCUUUCCCAAAGACACAAUCAAUGAAGAAACAGUAGAGUUGUUGAUGCCAUAUCUUGACAUGGAAGACUACAGCUUAGAGUCUGCCAAGAAAGUAUGUGGAGAUGUUGCUGGUGUCUGUUCUUGGACACAGGCUAUGGCAUUUUUCUUUACUAUCAAUAAAGAAGUUCUUCCUCUAAAGGCGAGUCUUGCAGUCCAAGAAGGAAGACUAAUCAUUGCAACCAAAGAGCUGGAUGCAGCACAAGCUACACUGGAUGAAAAACAGAAAGAAUUGGAUCUUGUGCAGGCAAAAUUUGAUGGUGCUAUGAAAUUGAAACAGGAUCUCCUUGAUGAUGCUGAGAGUUGUCGUCGUAAGAUGGUUGCAGCCUCUGCUCUCAUUAAUGGUCUUGGUGGAGAGAAAGUUAGAUGGACAGAACAAAGCAAAGAAUUCAAAUCUCAGAUUAAUAGAUUGGUGGGUGAUGUACUUCUAGCAACUGGUUUCUUAUCUUAUUCUGGUCCAUUCAAUCAAGUAUUCAGAAUCAAUCUCAACGACAACUGGCAAAAAGAACUCCGCACCAACAAAAUUCCUUUCACAACAAAUCUUAACAUAUCAUCUAUGUUAGUGGAUGGACCCACGAUUGGAGAAUGGAAUCUUCAAGGAUUACCAAAUGAUGAACUAUCUGUUCAAAAUGGAAUCAUUGUUACCAAGGCAACACGCUAUCCACUUCUUAUCGAUCCACAAGGUCAAGGGAAAACAUGGAUCAAGAACAGGGAGCAACAGUUUGAAUUACAGGUUACUUCCUUAAAUCACAAGUACUUCCGGAGCCAUCUGGAGGACAGUCUGUCACUUGGCCGGCCACUGCUCAUUGAGGAUAUUGGGGAGGAGCUUGAUCCUGCUCUUGAUAAUGUACUGGAGAAGAACUUUAUCAAGUCUGGCAGAACAUUGAAGGUUAAAGUUGGUGACAAAGAAGUAGAUGUGAUGAAUGGAUUUAAGCUGUAUGUCACAACCAAACUGGCAAAUCCAACAUACACACCAGAGGUAUCAGCUAGAACAUCAAUCAUCGAUUUUACUGUCACCAUGAAAGGACUUGAGGAUCAGCUUCUGGGCCGUGUCAUCCUCACUGAGAAGCAAGAGCUAGAAUCAGAACGCAUCAAACUAAUGGAAGAUGUGACAGCCAACAAACGCAAGAUGAAAGAACUGGAAGACAACCUUCUCUUCCGUCUCACCAGCACUCAGGGAUCUCUGGUGGAAGAUGAAUCCUUGAUCUCCGUACUUGGUGUCACUAAAGUGACUGCAGAAGAGGUCACUGAGAAACUUGUAGUUGCUGCUGAAACUGAGAUCAAAAUUAAUGAAGCUAGAGAAGAGUUUAGACCUGUUGCAACUAGAGGCAGCAUUCUGUAUUUCUUGAUCACUGAGAUGAGUAUGGUGAAUGUGAUGUACCAGACAUCACUUAAACAGUUCCUUGGUAUAUUUGACAUUUCAAUGGCAAGGUCUGACAAAUCUCCGAUUCCUGCAAAGCGGAUUGCUAAUAUUAUUGAUUACUUGACGUACGAGGUAUUCUGCUACUCCUGCCGUGGUCUUUAUGAGAACCACAAAUUCUUGUUUACUAUGUUGCUGGCAUUGAAGAUUGACCUGCAGAAGGGAAAUGUCAAACAUCAGGAAUUCCAAACACUUAUUAAAGGUGGAGCAGCCUUGGACUUAAAGGCAUGUCAACCUAAACCUUGCAAGUGGAUUACUGAUAUGACAUGGUUGAAUUUAGUAGAGUUGAGUAAAUUACCACAGUUCUCAGAAGUUCUCAACCAGAUUACUCGAAAUGAACGUGGAUGGAAGCAGUGGUUUGAUAAGGAUGCUCCUGAGGAAGAAAUCAUUCCUGAUGGGUACAACAGCUCUCUAGAUACAUACAGAAAGCUCCUGCUGGUCAGGUCGUGGUGUCCUGACCGUACCAUUCCACAAGCACGUAAAUACAUUGCAUCAUCGCAAGGUGCGCGUUAUGCUGACCCAGUCAUACUUGACCUAGAGAAGACGUGGGAAGAGAGUGACAUCAGAACUCCUCUCAUCUGCUUCCUAUCAAUGGGCUCAGAUCCUACUAACCAGAUUGAAGGCCUUGCAAAAAAACUCAAAGUUGAAUGCCGUGCUAUCUCGAUGGGUCAGGGGCAGGAAGUGCAUGCUAGACGGCUUGUCCAACAGUCAGCAUCCGGGGGUGGCUGGGUGUUGCUUCAGAACUGCCAUCUUGGUCUGGACUUCAUGGAUGAGCUUCUUGACACUGUGCUCAAUCAAGAGAAUGUACAUGAAUCAUUUAGAGUGUGGAUCACAACAGAGGGGCAUCCACUCUUUCCUAUCAAUCUGCUUCAGAGCAGCAUCAAAUUUACUAAUGAGCCCCCUCAAGGUGUUAAAGCAGGAUUGAAAAGAACAUUUGCCAGUAUUACUCAAGACCAGCUAGAUAUUAAUAACCUCCCCCAAUGGAAACCUAUGUUAUACGCUGUUGCUAUGCUACAUACAACAGUACAGGAACGCCGUAAGUUUGGACCUCUUGGAUGGAAUAUACCAUAUGAGUUCAACGCAGCUGAUCAGACGGCCAGUGUCCAGUUCAUCCAAAAUCAUCUUGAUGAUAUUGACCCUAAAAAGGGUGUUUCAUGGAACACUGUUCGCUACAUGUUAGGAGAAGUACAGUAUGGAGGCAGAGUUACAGAUGACUAUGACAAAAGACUUCUAAAUACGUUUGCAAAGGUGUGGUUUGGUGAGCAUAUGUUCCCGGAUUCAUUUGCUUUUUACACUGGAUAUAAGAUCCCAAAAUGCAAGACUGUUCAUGAAUAUAUGGAGCAUAUUGAAACUCUACCACUUACUGACACACCUCAGGUGUUUGGACUGCAUCCCAAUGCAGAUAUCACGUACCAGAGCAACACAUCAAAAGAAGUGUUGGAUACUAUCCUUAACAUACAGCCCAAGGACAGUGGAGGUGGAGGUGGAGAGACCAGAGAAAGUCUAGUCAGCCGCAUAGCAAAAGAUAUGUUGGAAAAACUCCCCCCAGAUUAUGUUCCCCAUCUGGUGAAAGCUCGAUUACAGAAGAUGGGAGCUCUUUCAUCCAUGAACAUCUUCCUACGUCAGGAGAUAGACCGAAUGCAGCGAGUAAUUGGCCUAGUGCGCUCCACGUUACUGGACUUGGGCCUAGCCAUUGAAGGCACUAUCAUUAUGAGUGAGAGCCUGCGUGAUGCUUUAGAUAACAUGUAUGAUGCAAGAGUACCAGCUCUGUGGCGAAAAAUAUCAUGGGAAUCGUCUACCUUAGGGUUCUGGUUUACAGAGUUCUUGGAACGUAACCAACAGUUCUCCAGUUGGAUCUGGGAUGGCAGACCUAAUGUCUUCUGGAUGACUGGAUUCUUCAACCCUCAAGGUUUUCUGACUGCAAUGCGUCAAGAAGUGACGAGAGCUCAUAAGGGCUGGGCUCUAGAUUCUGUCACCCUGCACAAUGAGGUCAUCAGACCCUUCAAGGAAGACAUAGGCUCACCACCACCAGAAGGAGUGUAUGUACAUGGUCUAUACCUAGAUGGUGCUGGCUGGGAUCGUAAAGGUUGUAAGCUGAUGGAAUCCUCCCCUAAAGUCUUGUUCACCUUAUUACCUGUUGUACACAUCUUUGCCAUUAACUCUACUGCACCUAAAGACCCUCGCCUCUAUCAAUGUCCCGUCUACAAGAAACCUCAGAGAACUGACUUGACUUACAUUACACCACUGUGGUUGAAGACUGUGCAGACCCCAGACCAUUGGAUUUUACGUGGAGCUGCUCUUCUCUGUGACAUUAAAUAGAUAGUGUUCUCUUACAUAAUUCAUUGUGUAUUUUCUGUUCAACCUAUCUUGACGUAUUUUACUUUACAUAUUCUAAUGUUUCAACAAUAGUUAAAGAAUUUAAUAGAAUUUAAUGUUAAUAAUCACAGUGAAAACAUGUUGACUUCUUCUGGUAUUGAAUCCUGUAUUAUAAUUGUUGCAGAAAUGUUUGUUGACUGAAUUAUAUAUAGCAGCAUAUUGUAAUAAUUAAUAAUAAUAAUCUUUAUUAGGAAACAAUGUCCACAUGAUACAAAAACAAUAUAUAUAUAUAUAAACUUCUGAUAUAACAAUUGAUGCCAUAUAAUAAUAAUAAUUAUAAUAUUAAAUUGAAAUAUGAAUUUUGUAUCAAUUUGUUCAGUCAAUUCAAAUGUUGCAAAUGUUUGUUUUAUGAAAAUUAAAUGAAUGAAAUAAAAUUUAUUG